AGACAAAUUGGAAGAAGCUUAUACGACACUUUUCGAGGAAGGUCAUGUCCGAAUUCCCAGGAGCUUCUUGGCAUGUCUGUAGCUCAGCGCAUCGUCGUUGAAUGCCGCCCAGAAUCGGCCAUUCCGUCCUUAGAAGCCUGGAGGAUCCGUUCGUGCCCGCGCUGCGAAGCUGCGGGAGCGCGGCGGAGCUGAAGAGGGUCCACGCCCGCAUCGUCCACCGCUCGCUGUCGCAGAGCAAUUUCCUGGCGACGAAGAUGAUCGACGCGUGCGAUCGGUGUGGAGAUCUCGGCUACGCGGGCUUGCUCUUCGGGAACGUGGGGGACCCGAACGUGUUCCUGUACAAUGCGAUGCUCAGAGCUUACGCGCGCAGCUUCGCGUACGGUCUUGCGGUGGGAGUGUACAGGAAAAUGCUGGAGGACGAAAGGGUUUCGCCUGAUAAGUUCACCUUCCCGUUUUUGAUCAAGUCGUGCGGAGGGUUGGCGAGCGAAGAUCUGGGUAUGCAAGCGCACGCCCAUGUGUGGAAAUUUGGGCCUGCGGGGCACUUGGUGACGGAGAAUUCGUUGAUAGACAUGUACACGAAGUUUGGGAAUUUGGAUGAUGCGUAUAAGGUGUUUGACGAUAUGCCACAAAGGGAUGCUGUCUCAUGGAACAGUCUCGUUUCUGGGCAUGUUAGGUUGGGGCAGAUGACGAGGGCGAGAGAAUUGUUUGAUGAGAUGCCAUGUAAGACUAUUGUCUCUUGGACGACAGUGAUUUCCGGGUACUCUCAAGUCGGCGGUUAUGGCGAUGCCCUGGAAAUAUUCAGACGAAUGCAGACAGUUGGUGUUGAACCUGAUGAGAUAAGUAUUGUAUCCGUCUUGCCAGCUUGUGCACACCUAGGAGCUCUCGAAGUUGGGAAGUGGAUUCACAUGUAUGCAGAUAAGCACCGGCUUCUCCACAGGACUUGUAUUUGUAAUGCUCUGAUGGAGAUGUACGCAAAAUGCGGUUGCAUCGAGCAAGCGAGCCGGUUGUUCAAUGAGAUGAACGAGAGGGAUGUUAUUUCUUGGAGCACAAUGAUUUGCAGUUUAGCCAAUCAUGGAAAAGCUAAUGAAGCAAUUGAACUGUUUCAAGCUAUGCGAAGAGCAAGGGUUGAUCCGAAUGGUGUCACAUUUCUCGGUAUCCUCUCAGCAUGUGCACAUGCUGGUCUAGUAGAUGAGGGACUGGAGUUAUUUUGUUCAAUGAAGAGAGACUAUGAGUUAGAACCAGAUAUCGAGCAUUAUGGCUGCUUGAUAGAUCUUCUCGGGCGCUCAGGAUGUCUCGACCAGGCUCUGGAUGUGGUACAGACUAUGCCAAUAAAACCAGAUUCCAAAAUAUGGGGUUCUUUGUUAAGUUCUUGCAGGACUCAUGGCAAUCUUGAGAUGGCCGUUGCUGCAAUGGAGCAUCUGGUAGAAUUGGAACCAGAUUCCACAGGGAAUUAUGUGUUGCUUGCUAAUUUAUAUGCAGAUUUGGGGAAAAGCAAAGGGGUUUCGAGAAUGAGAAAGCUCAUGAGAAACAGAAACUUGAAAAAGCCACCCGGAGGGAGCUCAAUUGAAGUGGACAAUAUGGUACUGGAAUUUGUUUCGGGUGAUAAUUCUAAGCCCUUUUCAGGAGAUGCAUAUAGGAUGAUAGAGCUGCUGGAAUCGGAGCGGAACCUAACAAUACAAAGAAUUCAAGCUGGGGUUGCUUGAACUCCUAAAUUCACUUUUGAACUUAGUGAUGGAAAGACGAUGCAUUGCUCAUGCUGCAUUAGAAAUGUUUCGAGUCACCUUUUGGGGCUGUGAUCUGCUUAUGCAGUUGCAUUCCUCAUGACCGGCCGUCUUUCUUGGGGUUUCCAACAAGAAGUACAUGGUUUGAACGGUAGCUUCUUCAAUUGUGAAGCACAAGCACCUGAGAAACACGGCGCAGAAAUGAGGUGCAGAGAAGACUAUUGUUAUGCUCUUGGUGUUGCUUUAUGCACGCCACAAACGAUUGAAUUUCGAACGGCAAUUGAAUGUGUUAAAACUGAGGAUUGACACAUGUAAACUGGAGGCCCUAAUGACGGCUCAAACAGAAGAAUUGGUCCAUUAGGUCCGGGCGAACACCUGGAUGUGCAGAUAGCAAUGAGGAGGGAUGAAUAUGGCUGAUAGAGAAGUUUGUUUUACUAAAUAGCUCUUAUCACAAUCUCUGAAAAUCGUCCAUGUGCACUCUGCUUUAUCGUAUACAAGCCAUUCAAGAUUGAUACGUAA